AGAGCUGUGAUUGUCACAGCUUGGCACAAGGCUGUUGUGAAUAGCCUUGUACCAUGUGACCUAUGUGAUCAUUCACAGAUUUCACACAUAGUAAACAAUGAUGUCAGAAGUGACAUCUUGCUUACUACUAUUCAAGUGAUCACUGAUUUGCCAAUCGGUGAUCACAUGAUCGGGACCUCAGACAGAGAUCCCAUACAGCGAUCAGUGUUGCAGGCUCCCAGGGAGUGUGCACAGUCCAAAAUGUGAGGCUAGCCAUACACUAUACAAUUUUCUGGCCAAUUUCCUUUAGAUUUACCUUCAACUAUAUAGUGCAAGAGCCUGCCUAA